AGAGAUGGCUCGGGAUGUUGGACAAGACCUCAACCGACGAGUGCGCGUCGGCGCGCAAGUACUCGGUCCUGCCGCAGUCGUGACUGCCGAGCAGCAUGCCUUUGAUCUGCGUAUCAUUUGAUCGCACCAUGGCCUGUGGGAUUCGAGAGACCUGCUUCCGACCCCUCUCACCGCCAGCACACUCGGCGUCCUCUCGUUUCCCCUCCGCCCCGCAUGGCCCCUCCACUCGUUACUGUCCUUCUGGUUCUUCCUCUCAUCGUCUCGGCCCUCAGAUUAGACGUUACGCGAAGCAGACCGACGCCGGGAGUCGCACGCAGCAAUGGCCUCUCGAAAGUCUCGCUGUUAGCUACGACCAGUGGAUCCAACAGUUCGUCGGGCCUGAGCACUGUUCGGGACCUCAUUUACAUGGCUAACGUCAGCAUUGGGAACAAUUUCUAUCCCAUGCAACUCGACACAGGCUCCUCGGACGUGUGGGUGAAACCCGCGAUUACCCCGCUUCCCAACGCGAUUAGCACUGCCCAAACAUACAAUCUGACUUACGGAAUUGGGUGGGUUUCGGGCAAUGUCUCCUUUGCCCCGAUCACAUUCGCUGGCAUCAACGUAUCCUCGCAAGCGCUGUUGGAUGUAACUAGCGCCAAUAACCCCGCUUUGCAAUACGGCGCGGAUGGACUGCUCGGGCUCGGGUUUACGUCCAUGUCUUCCAUCGAUCACCUUCUGAACCAAACUGGCCAAACCACCGGCCGCAGCUUCCUGUUCAACCUGUUCCUCGACAACCCCUCUGAGCCCAAUUACAUUGCGUUCUCCCUGCAGCGCAGCACAGACAGUUCCGAUACAGUUCUAGGAAGUUUUUCAAUUGGAGAAGUCGAGCCGGCCUAUACCGCAGUUCUGAACACCACACAAAUUCCGACAUGGCCAACUUCAUACCCCAAGCGGUGGAACGUUCUCGUUGAAGCCUUGAUUAUCGCCUCGGACUCGACAUCCCAUACCGUGAUACCCAACACCACAGUCGCCAAUGCCCCCAGCAACCGGGCCGUCGCCUUGCUUGACAGUGGAACAUCCUAUUCGUAUGCCACGACUGAAAUCUGUGACGCGAUCUACGGAAGUGUUGGCGGAGCGCACUUCGAUUCCGACUUGAGCCAAUGGGUGGUGCCAUGUGAUGCGGAGAUCGACAUUGCACUUCAGAUUGCAGGGCAAGUCUUCCCGCUGCAUCCGUUGGAUGUCACGACCAGGAGUCUUGUCAAUGCUAGUGUUUGCGUAGGAUCCUUCAUUCCCCAGACAGUCUCUGUCGGGGCCGGCGAAUUCGACUUUUUGCUGGGAGACAGUGUUCUGCGGUCUCUGUAUGCCGUGUACGACUUUGGGGAUUUUGACAAGACUUUGACGAUGGGGGACCCCUAUGUGCAGCUGCUGUCUCUUGUGGAUCCAACUACCGCCUCAAAGGAUUUCCAUGCUGCUCGCGGCGGGGUCGCCAUCACCAACAUCACCUACAAUGCUGCUAACAGUUCUCCGGGUUCAGCCAGUUCUGUGACCAUCUCGGGAGACCUGAACAACACCCUGAACAAGAUUGUGACCUACUUGCCUGCGAUGUUGGGCAUCAUGGCUUUGAACGCUGCGGUUUUGCUGGCUCUGAUUGUCUUUGGUGUGGUCUACAUGUGUCGGAAUCGGCAGCCUCGUGCGACUGCCAGGAAGAACCGGGGUCGGGCAACCCCUCUGCCGAUGAAUCCUCGCAACAGCUACAUUGCCGGAGCCGAUCCACAGCCGCAUGCUUAUCAGCCUGUGUCGAUGGCGAUCACGGAGGACUUCAGUGCAAUGCGGCCGAUGUCGAUGAAUCCGCGCGAUAGUUUUGCGGCUGGCGUGCCGAUGGCAGAUCGAGCACCGGUCUCGAUGGCCAUUGAGGAUGACAUGUUCAUUCCACCCUCUCCGCAGGCGAGGGCCUUCAAGAGCAGUGGUCUGCGUCACAUGGAUCGGCCUGUCAGUACCGUGGAGGAACAGCCGUUUACGGCCCCUUCACAAGGCGCCAGUCCAUUCGCGGGUGACUCCGGUGACCUAGCGAAGCGUGCAAGCUACCAGCGACACGCCUCGGAAGAUUCGCUGGUGGCACCCAGCAUCCAGUCUCGAAGCGCUGGAAACCAGCGCAGUCCUUCUGAAGAGGACUCGGUGUUUGUGUCGUCUCCAACGGCGAUGGCUUCUGAGGGAGUGUCGCUACCCCCACCUCUCCAACCGGAGAUCAUUGCUCCUGCAGCUGCCCCAGCCCAAUUCCCCCCGCCACCUUCGAGGCAGUCCCCCUCGCGGCAGCCCCCGCCCGUUCCCCCUGCCCGGCAAAUCCCGGCACCCUCCCGACAAGAUUCGGUGCAGCUGAGUGACGACCAGUUUGCAGGCAAUCCGGCCCCCAUCCCCCGCCGCCGCCAAGCAUCCAACAGCAGCGGAUUGUUUGUCCCGCGGGAGUACACGGGACGUCCCGGUGACCGUCCACAGAGCUUCGUGUCCUCCGAUGUGUCCGGGCUGAAUCCGCCGUCGCCUGCAUUCCAUUCUGACGGAGGCAGGCCGAAGAGCAUCGCCUAGUCGGCCUCGUUUACGUCUCCAUCUCUCACUUAUCUACUAAUCUUGUUGGACAACUCGCAUGGAUUUCUGUAUUGCCCAGUUACUUAUGAAUAAAGUGCUACUACACAAAUGCCAUCUCGUAUCUACUGCUCCCUCGUCUGGUCGUCGUCGGCUUCUUGGGCGGUGCGGCGGCGACAUCGCCACGUUUGCCCUGGGCGAGGGCCACUCGCUGCAGCUUCUCCCAUUCCCGCACUUCGCUGCUCUGAUCUCUGGUUUUAAUGAAUUGCACAGCCUCGUUGACGGCAGCCGCCGCCUUUUGCACAUGGAAGCCCCAGUUCUUCCGUGUCCUGGGAGCCACGUCCUCGGGUUCCACGAAGAGCCCGGCCACGUUAUAAUGGAAAUGCGCUACGAUGCGCAGACACUGGCGGACCGCGGCAGGAUUCUCCGUCGCCAGUGCGGUCCGAAGGAGCAGUGACAUCGUCUCAGGUGUCGGGACCAAGCCUUGUCUCCGCGUUCGAGGCACGGCUCGCACGGCUCCAUCCGCAAAGUCGUGAGCAUGGUACCCCGUCAUCUGGCUGAACACCUUGGAAGCCGAAUUCCAGUCUUUCGUGCGCCAGCAGAGCGUCAAAGCGAGAUUGAAGGUCACGGUGCCGGGCCGGAUCUUAUUCCCAGCGCGCAGGGAUACUUCCUGGGCAAACUCAAGGAGCUCGACGGCCGCCCUUGCAGUCUGGGGUUCCCGAGCGAGAUGCGCCCGGAGAAGCUCUUCGAUGUGCGCACGGUCAACGAUGUCCAGCCCCCCGCUCGCAGCCGGCCGCCGUUUCACCUGUUCGAAGAAGUGGAUCGCAUCAGCUGGCCGGUCGCUCGCGUUGCAUAACGAAAGGAUCGCAGCAAAGCUCUGGGCAGUCAGUGGCAUCAACCCUUGAUCUGCCGGUUGCCCAUCGCCCUUGAGCCCCAAAUAUUGCUCUGCGAUCUGGAACGCAAGUUUGUGCUCGGGUUUUUGACCCCGAGAAAGCGUAGCGAUCGCAGCGGUCACUAGAAACGAGUCGACCUCGAGCCCCGACUCGCGCUUGGCUGUGACGACCUCUGCCCACAGCACCCUCGCGUCCGUGGCGUUUUUAGCCAGCUGCGUUGCGGACACACCCGCGUUGGAUGCAGACAGCGCUUUGAACAUGGCCGUAAAAAUGUACUUGUUUGAGGCGAUAUUUCCAUCCUCCAGCCAGGUAUGAUAGAGCACGAAGAUUUCAUCGAAUCUGCCGGCGUUGCCGAGGAUAGAGAUGUAGCCGGACAGCGCAUCCACCCCAAGUUCGGGAUCGUGCGGGUCCUUCUUCUUGAGCAUCUCGAUAUGCCGCUGGUAGAACUCGUAGAGCGAGCGAACAUUCGACAUUUGCUGUGUGUGGGAUGCCCAGACUUCUAUGCGCGCAUACCCGUUGAACAUGGUCUGGAACGUCCUUGUCGUCGGGACCAUGCCACGGCGCUUCAUCUAGACGCAGCCAUUAAAGCGAGCGCUUGAAUGGCACAAAAAGAGCAGCUCACAUCCACAAAUAGAGCAUACGCGGACUUGAACCGCUUCGCCUUCAUGCACUCCCAAAUCAAUGUGUUCCACACGGGCGUGUUCUGCGCCGCCAAGGGUGCAUUCUGAAGCAUCUGUAUAGCAACAUCGAUCCUAUCCUGUGCAGCGAGAUUCUUGAGCCGUUGCGCUAGAACGUGAGGUUGUAGCAGGCGCAUAGUGCCAUCCUUUGACUGGUUGCUGCUAUUGACGGGCGUGGCGUCCGAGUGCCGGGAGCGGAAGCGGGGAUUAACGUCGCGUUUGGUUGUCGGGGCGGGCUCCUUCAUCGCGCGGGUAAGGUAGCGAGGGGGUUUGGACGCGGAGUCUUUGCGGGCUGUUCCACUUUUGGACCACCUCGCCUUCUCUUUGGCACCGCCAGCAGCAGACAAGGUGGCAGCAUGGUGAAACGAGGCGGUUGAUGAGCUCUGCGCUGGAAGUGGACUGCUGCACGAUGCUAAUAGAGUGGGGCGGGGACGGAGGCUGAGAACGCUCUGGCGAAGCAUGCAAAGGAAGCGCCGGAGGAAAAACUCGUCGCGAUCACGUGUGAUGCAUCGCGUAAUUAGGAUGGUCACUUGGACACCAGUCCGCGCUGAUUCGCGCAAAGCUCGGAAAAAAGAAGGGCUCCACGUCAGACCCGUGCUACCGCCAUAAAGAGGUUCGGAUCUUGUCGAGGCCGCCCCGCUCUGGAUCUGACUCUCUCCUCCUCCAUGUCGCGCGACUUGUGGAUUCUGCUCUUGUUAGCGUGCUACGCUGUUGCGCUGCCAACGUGGGGCGGUCUCAAUUCGCACAGCGAUUUCAUUGGAUCGCUCGUGCCCUGGACCACCCCGAUCCAGAUUAUGGGUCCACAGCUCGUGAUGAAUUCGCGAUAUGCGGUCCAGCACUUGACAAGCCACGUCCCUGGAGAGUCGGGGAAUCUGACGGCGAUGCUCCUUCCCAACAACCCGCCGCUGUUCGCUAUCAGCAAGAACCAGCUCUGGCAGAUCACCAACGAGACGACCAUCUUUCCGGUAGCCAUCAAGAAUACAAGCCACUCCGAACGCGUCCCACCGCUGCAGCUUGUGUUGGGCAAGCAGCCUGCAUCAGCCAAGAUCGUGACCGGGGGCACGUGGUUUUGGAAGGGAGCGAUGCUGCGGUACGUGCUGGACGUUCCGGGACCCAACGGAGGGACCAACAACGGGGUCUUCUACACCUGCCCGGACGAAGGUCGGAUCAACGGCAUCUACAUGUUCCUCACCCCAUCGCCGACACCACCAGACUGCCAUAUCGUAACACUACACAGUUUUGCCUCCCAUGUUAAUGAAUAAUCGAUUUUACGUUUACU